AUGGCGUGGGAUCAUCUGGACAUCGAUAAGCCGCAUCUGGCGUACAUGAUCCUAGGAGGGUUCACUGGCCUGUUCAUGCUGUGUUCCCUGUUCGUCAAGGAGAAGCUGUAUAUCGGUGAAGCGACCGUCGCCACCAUCUGUGGCAUCAUCUUUGGACCCCAUGCGGCCAAUUUAUUCAAUCCCCACGAAUGGGGCAACAUCGACAAAAUCACACUCGAGUGUUCUAGAAUUGUCCUGGUCGUGCAAUGUUUUGCCGUCGGUGUCGAAUUGCCCAAGUCCUACAUGGAACGUCAUUGGAAAUCUGUUACGUUGCUGCUGCUCCCCGUCAUGACCUGGGGUUGGCUGAUGACCAGUGUGUUCAUCUGGUGGUUGGUGCCUCCCCUGAAUUGGCUGGAGUCUCUGGUCUGUGCCGCCUGCGUAACGGCCACCGAUCCUGUCUUGGCAUCGUCCGUCGUUGGUAAGGGAAAAUUUGCCAAGCGUGUGCCCAAGCAUUUGCGAGACUUGUUGUCUGCAGAGUCUGGGUGUAACGAUGGUAUGGCUUUCCCAUUCAUCUACCUGUCUUUCUAUAUCUAUCAUUAUCGGCCGAAUGUCGGCGAGGUGUGGCUGAACUGGUUCUGUAUCACUGUCUUGUACGAGUGUAUUUUGGGUGCCAUUUUUGGCUUCACCAUUGGCUACCUUGCUCGCCAUGCGAUCAAACUGGCUGAGCGUAAGGGAUUGAUUGAUCGUGAGAGUUUCUUGGUGUUCUACUUCGUCUUGGCUGUCUUCUGCGCUGGUUCCGGUGCUUUACUGGGCAUGGACGACCUGCUGAUUGGAUUCGCCUGUGGUGUCGGAUUCAGUAACGAUGGUUGGUUUACGGAGAAGACUGAGGAAUCACACGUCUCCAACGUUAUCGAUCUGCUGCUUAACUUGGCAUACUUCGUCUACUUCGGAUCCAUCAUCCCCUGGGAGGACUUCAACGCCCCCGAGCUUGGCAUCACUCCUUGGCGGUUGGUGGUCAUUGCAAUAUUGGUUCUCUUCUUCCGACGCAUUCCCAUCAUGCUAAUGCUGAAGCCCAUUAUACCGGAUAUCAAAACUUGGCGAGAAGCUUUAUUUGCAGGGCACUUCGGUCCUAUCGGUGUCGGUGCAAUCUUCGCUGCCAUCCUCGCUCGAGCAGAAUUGGAGAGAGACAACACACAACCGUUACCUGAAAACGAACUUCCUCUGCCAGGAACCUCCAAUUUCUAUGUUGUCAGACUUAUUUGGCCUAUCACAACUUUCAUGGUCAUCACGUCUAUUCUGGUACAUGGUUCGUCCAUUGCAGUCUUCACCCUGGGUAAACGCAUCAACACCUUGACUAUCACCCUAUCCUACACCCAAGCCAACGAGGAAGGACCUUCAUGGAUGAACCGUUUGCCUCGUGUGCAAUCCAUUGCCAAGGGCUCCAUGUCCUUCCGCAAGGCGGAGGAUACUGAUUCCGAUGAGAAGAGCGUGGAGUAUCCUCCUGGUACAUUGCCUCCCAUCGGCAUGCCUGGGAACUUCCUUCGUCGGCAGCGUGAUGAGGAGGGAGAGACCGAGCAACAAGACAUCGAGAAAACUCGUCGCAAGCCCUUGCGCAGACGUCGCCGCAAGCUCGCUUCCGCUGAAGGGGGCCCAAUCAGCCAGUCUGCCAUCAUGCCCGCCCCUAGACAAGCGGAAGGCCGGACUGACGAAGAGAAGAAAGAGCUUGAAGAACGCGACCAGGUCGAGCGCGGAGCUUCUCCGCCUUAUGCCGAGCGGGACCGUUUCGGUCGCGAGCCUGAGAUCGAAGCUUACCAAGAGGGUCACCACAUGGUCAUCGAAGAUGAAGAGGGUAAUGUUCUCAAGACUGAGGAUACCUCUAAUCUGUCGCCUGAAGAGAAAGUCCAUGACAUUGAAGAGCAACGCAAACGCCUGGAAAAUGAUAAGUCCGGUGAAUUUGCGGCAUCUGAGAGUCAACCCCACAAGAAAACCGAGGGAGAGGAGCAUGAGCGCCAUGUUGAGGAGAAGGCUCAAACAACUUACGGAAAGGCUCUCAAGAAGUGGAACCAGUGGACUGGACUCGGAAAGGAACGCGCCGCUGAGCAGGUUGAGAAGCCAGAGAAGCCUAAGACAGAGAAGCCUCCGAAAGCUGGGUCUGCAAAGCCCAAACCUCGCUCCGCUCAUGCCUACCAGUUCGGCAAUACCAUUAUUGUCGAGGAUGAGGAUGGUGAGGUGAUCAAGAAGUAUACUCUACCCGGUAACAAGAAGGCCGAGAAGGGCGACAAAGCUCAGAAGGAGCCCACUGCUCCUGGCCAAGCACCUGUUCGCCGUGGUUUGACCCGCAUGGGUACCUGGUUCGGCAUGGAGGAAGAAGGCGAAUCGUCUCAGGCUGCCCAGGAGAGGAGGAGAGGUGACGACAUGACCGCCGACGACGGUCUUCGCUUCACCUUAGCCGAAGACCGUGAUGUGAGCUCCCACGGUAUCGGCCACAAGGGUAGACGCAUGAACAAGCAAGAAUUCUUCGAGCAGAUCAAGGGUCUGGAUGCCAAGGCUCGCCGGGAUGUCGUGCAGCAAACUGAUGCACCCACCGCUGUCCAAGAAAUGGCCCAAUACGAAGCUAAGCAGGAAGAAAAAGCCGAGGAAAAACAAGAGCGCCGCCUUUCAGCCGCAGCCGUGGCUGCCACUACCGGCCCUGACGCCAUCCCCGAAGAAGAGGCGCAGGAGCUCGAGUCCGAGUCCUUCACCGACACCGAAGCGAGCGAGGAUGACACCGACGACCGUCACGACGGCCCCAAUGUCGCUGCCUCCCUGGCGAAGUUCUCCCGUGGCAGCAGCGCCGCCCAAGAGCGUCGCAACAACCUCAGCCCUGCACCACCCCGUACCCGGGACCGUGCCCGCCGCGACUCCGAGGACGACGGCACAGAGCGUAUCCCGCCCUCACGUCUCCGCCAGGCGGCUGGUAUGACUGUGCCCCCGCGCCAGGACGACGACGACACAGGCGAGACUCCUGCUGAGCGUCGCCGCCGUCUGGCAGCGCUGGGCGUUGAUGGUGAUGACUCCGAUUCCGAUGAGGAUGCCAUCGAGGAAGAGUCGGAUGAGGAGGGCAACAACGACAACAAGUCCGGCGAGCCUACGAACAAGUCGCAGCCGAACGAACCCCAGUCCUCUCCCUCGGCAUCUGGAUCUGGAUCUGGAUCUGGAGCCGGCUCAGCCUCCCAAUCGGCCUUCAGACACAUUCCACGCGUUUCCUGGGGCGGCGAGAAGGGUCGUGACAUCUAA